AUGGAUGCUGAUGAAACAUAUCGUAUUCAACGUAUUAAUUCUAUAAUAGUACCUACAAAUAAUGAUAAAUAUGGUGGUACAAUUUGUUGUCAUGAUAAUCAAUUAAUUUAUAAUGAUUAUGAUCGAAGAACUCAAAGCUUUUAUUUAACUUUCAUACCUGACAUAAAUGUUCUAAGAACAAAACAUAAUAUUUAUCGGUAUGAACCAGAUGUUACAAGUGGUCCUAGUGAUGAUGAAUUAAUUCAAGACAUUGCAUAUUCAAAUAAACUUUCUGGCUAUUUAGUACUUAAUCGUGUACGUUUACGUCUAUUUAGACCUAACACAAAUGAUCUUAUUGAGUUUCAAACAUUUGGCGAUCGUACUUUGAAACGACUAUCAUGUAGUGACACUUUUAUUUAUUUAGUUGUUGCUCGUAAUACACGUAGGUAUAAUGGUGACGAAAUUCUUCUAAUUGAUUAUAAUAAAGAAGAACAAGCAUGUAAAACAUUCCAUGAUGUAAUGUCACAUCGAAUAAAUCGAGGAACUGGACCAAUAGUUGGUAAUAUAAGUGAUCUAGCUGUCGGUUCAAAUGAACAAGUAACAAUUGGUUAUUGUUUGGAAAGUCGUCAUGAAGUUGGUAUUUGUUUAUUUAAGGUUUCAAAUUAUGGUAGAGCAUGGACACUCAUUAAACAUUUAUUACUUGAUGAUUGUUGGCAUAAUGAUUUAUCAUGUACACCAAGAGUUGAGUGGUGUGAAAAAUUAAAUGUCAUUAUUGUUAUUGAAUAUAUGACGGGUCAUUUAAUAAUGCUUGAUCGAAAUGGUCUAGUCAAAGGUGAAUGUCUUUUUAUGGAUGUAGAAAAUCCACAUGAGGCACCAAUUAAUUUAAGUAUAUCAACGAAUGCUUGGCUCUGUGCACGAUAUGAGUCAUCAAUUGUUAUUCAUAAAAUCACUUCAUAA